GCCACACUGAUUUCAUAUUUAUUUCACAUUUUCCAUAGAUUCAAUUUGCAAUUCCGAAAAACAUAGUCAAAUAAAAUCCAAUCAAGCCAUGGCACUAGCCUUUAAGAAGGCCCACGGGUCCAUAGUUGAGACAGUCGAUGGAGCGCCGCCACUGAAGAAACUUCGCCUCCAAACACUAACCGCCAAAGCCAAGCCGGUGGAAAGGAAACUGCAGGUGCUGGCACAACUCGAUCCGUAUUUGGGAGCAGCCACUGUGGUAGCAGGCGCCGGUGGAGCAACGAUAACACCAGCAGCUGUGCCCCUAGCAGUAGCCCUGCCAAUGGGUAAUACAGGUGCGACAGCAACAAGUGGCUCUGCCAGCACCGGCACCGGCGCCGGCGCCGGCACCGCCAACAUUAGCCCAAGCAGCACCAAGGAGCUGCUGGAAGUGCUCGUCAAGAUCACGGAUGAGAUCUGCUACGAAGAUGUGGAUAUGGUCGAACUGAAGGAGGCCUCCGCGAAGAUAUAUCAACUGUUCCAGCUGCAGGAUCGGGAUAGCGACACUUCGGUGCGGGUGAAGCUGCUGGAGCUGCUCUCCGGCCUCGGCUGCGAGUGCACCACGGAGGCUGGUGUGAUUCUCAUCAUAGACCAUCUGAUCUACUUGCUGCGCAAGGAGACCUCGCAAAAGGUGCUCGCCCAGGGCAUGAUGUGCCUCUACCGGAUCGGCGAUCGCAGGCGUCACCUCGUCCCGAUGGCCUACAACACCCAGGUGGCCCAUCUGGCCAAAGAGGCGCUGCGCUCCGGCUCGACGCACACGCAGAAGAACGCGAUGCUGGUGAUCGGACGGUUCGCCACGCGAAUGGAGGGCGAGCGGCACUACGCGUGGAAACUGGCCUUCUACAUCGACUCGCAGGACUCGGGGGUGCGGGCGCAGGCUCUGCAUGCUCUGCUGACGCUGGGCGAGCGUGGAUCCAACCUGCCAGCGGUGCUCUACAAGCGGGCCGUGGAUGCCAUGAAGGACGACUACGAGUGCGUGCGCAAGGAGGCCCUGCGACUGGUGUACAUGCUGGGCAACAGCCACCCGGACUUCGUUAUCGCCUGGCGGCAGCAGGAGGACAUCCGCAUGAUCGAUGCCGCAUUCAGCAAGGUGUGCGAGGCGCUCUGCGAUCUCUCGCUGCAGAUACGAGUGUUGGCCGCCGAGCUGUUGGGUGGCAUGACCCACGUCAGUCGCGAGUUCCUCCACCAGACGCUCGACAAGAAGCUGAUGAGCAACCUGCGCAGGAAGCGCACGGCCCACGAGCGCGGCGCUCGUCUGGUGGCCAGCGGCGAGUGGUCGUCGGGCAAGCGCUGGGCGGACGAUGCGCCCCAAGAGCGCCUGGAUGCCCGCAGCAUAUCGAUAAUCGCCAGUGGAGCCUGCGGGGCCCUCAUCCACGGCCUGGAGGAUGAGUUCCUGGAGGUGAGAACGGCUGCUGUCGGCUCCAUGUGCAAGCUGGCACUGUCGCGGUCGGACUUUGCUCUCACCAGCCUGGACUUUCUGGUGGACAUGUUCAACGACGAGAUCGAGGAUGUGCGGCUGAAGGCCAUCUACAGCCUGACGGCCAUCGCUCGCCACAUAGUGCUGCGGGAGGAUCAGCUGGAGACAAUGCUGAGCUCGCUGGAGGACUACUCGGUGGAUGUGCGGGAGGGGCUGCAUCUGAUGCUGGGCGCCUGCCGCGUCUCCACGCAAACCUGCCUGCUGAUGGUCGUCCAGAAGCUGCUCGAUGUGCUGGCCAAGUAUCCGCAGGAUCGACACUCCACCUACGCCUGCAUGCGCAAGAUUGGACAGAAGCAUCCGCAUCUCGUCAUGGCCGUGGCCGUUCACCUGCUCUACGUGCACCCGUUCUUCGAGACGCCCGAGCGAGACGUGGAGGAUCCCACCUACCUGUGCGUCCUCAUUCUCGUCUUCAAUGCCGCCGAGCAUCUGAUGCCCAUCAUCAGCCUCCUGCCGACGGCCACCCACCGCCACUAUGCGUACUUGCGGGACAGCAUGCCGCGCCUGGUGCCCCAGCUGCCCAUCGAGGGCGCCUCCUCCUCGUGCACGAAUCAUCGGAUCGACGAUGCCGUCAAGGAGGCAGGCAGCUCCGCCGGGUACCUCAAAAUGAUUCUCAGCCACAUCGACGAGAUCGUCACCAUGUCCGACGGUCGCGUGGAGUUGCUCAAAACCGCCCAGUCAAUCUGCAGGUAAGUUCUGCCGCAAGUCCUCCACUGCCACCAAUUGAUGACUAAAUCUUCCCUGCAGCGCCUUGGGGACAUCGACUCGGGUCUGUAUGGGACGUCCAACUUUCUGGAGACUUUCCUCUCCGCCCAGAUUCAAAUUGAGCAAAUGCAGCGCUGCGCCAAGGCGCACAGAAGUCGCGUACCGCUGAAGGAAUCGCUGGCCGCCCUCAUCACCAAGUGCCUCAAGCUGCAGCACACGUUCUCGGGGCUGAGCUACUGGGACAUACUGCAGGUGAAGCAGCUGAGGCUGCGUGCCAGCGCCCUGCACCUGGUCUUGGUCGUGAAGGAUCGCUCGCAGAGCGCCCUGGGGAACCCCUGCCAGAUGCUGCUGCAGACGGCAGGCGACAUCAGUGAGUACAUAAAGGCCAACACAAAGGAGGAGGAGCAGCCGCUGCCGAUCCCAAGCAUUGCCACUGGCGACGAAGAGGAGGACAAGUCCAUUAAAGCGUCGACGAACAACGCCCAGCCGGACAGUUUUACGCGGCAGCUGCUGUCCAAGCUGGACGCGAUCACGGACCCAAGGCCGGGUCGCGUAUUCCGCGAGAUUCUGCCCCUGGUGCAGAAUGCACCGCCCCUGGCUCUGCCGCCCGCCAAUGAAAAGAUUCGUCGCUGCAUGGCCAGCAUAAUCGAGCCGUGCCCGCUGCAGUCGCAGGAUAAUGUGAUCAAGGUGACUGCUGGCCUCAUUGCAGCCGUUCCGUUCGUGGCGGAGAUCGACAACCUGCAGGAGUCGCAGAAGGCGGACAUGCGCAUCAAGAUCAAGUACCCCGACCAGCACAUGCACACGGUGGUGCCCAAAAUGACGGACUUCAAGCCCAUCAUGACCGAGCAGGGGGAGCACGAGACAAAUGUGCGCCUGCGAACGACGAUCCUGCUGUCGCACAGUGUCUGGACGGAGGCCUCCCUCGUGGAGAUUCAGCUCUGCCUGGCCGUGCGCCCCGGCAGCGAGCUGGAGCUCUGCAAGCCGGCAAAGGUCCUCUUUGCCCCCAAGCCGGUGCGGCGAGGCAUUUAGCGGGAGACUGGCGCUAAUGCCAAAGAAUCCGUAAAGGCUAGAAGAAGGCAGCACAGAAAGCAGACAGCGAGCGGACAAAGCGACGAAGCUGCUCAUGGACGCACAAACAAUGUAGUUGUUAGCGAUGUAACAUUGUGAAUUAUUCGAUAACAAAACCACUUUUCAUUUGUUUCUCACCAAAUCCCCCCCCUAAACUCUGUAACUCUUUUACGCAUAAAUGUAUAUGAUUGAACCUAAAUGAGCAAGACUAAGGAAGGAAGGGUACACAAAUGCAACAGGCGGUCAAAUGAUGUAACAUUCCAUUGCCACUUACAAUAGACUAAUAAAAUCAAAGAAAUCGG